AACCUGGGGAGAAGUUGGUGCUAGGUGAGGCGGAGCAGGACUCGUCUGGGGUAGGGAAAGGGAUGGAGCUGUAGCCCAGAGUGAGGAGCCCAGGGCGCAUCGUGCCCGCAGCCUCAGGCCUGUAUUGGAAUGAGGAGAAGAGAGGGGGGAUUGUGUGACUAAUUGUGUGUGUGUCUGUGUGUCUGUGUGUGUGUGUGUGUGUGUGUGUGUGUGUGUGGUGUGUGCGCGCGCGCGCUCCCGCGCGCUUUCCAGAACCAAGUUGGGCCUCCUGUCGGUGGGCGCGGUUGUCAUUCUGAUGCUGGUGCUUGGCUCAGCGGUGUGUGUGACUGACCCACGCCCCUGCUGCUUUCCCCUUCCUUCCCUCACAGCCCGGGUGUCUGUACAGACUUUCCCAAGAGGAAGUCAAAUAUUGAACCCUAGAAUGAAGAUUCUCAGAAAGCAAGAAGACACAGUCCUGGGCUUGGUAUGGGGCUUUUAGAGCUAAAAGUGUCUCCAAGACAAACUCCUGGCUCGAAAUGGUGGGAGGGGUUCCUACUUGGAGGCGCUGUGGGUGCUGCUACAUUUUUCAGAACCACAGCUUUCCCAUAUCUCUGAUUCUAGGAAUCGGCUGUGAUUUCAGAGACAGGUUCCAGCCUCCCUGUCUCAUCUGGUCAUAUGUGUGAGGUCGGAGCUGAUGUGGCCCUGGAGGGAACUUCUCCGUCUCUCUGUGCUCUAAGAAAGGCCUGAAGAAGGUCUCAUGAUUUCCUUCUUCCCCAGUCCUGCCUUUCUCCCCCAAGAAGUAUCCUGAGCAGGAGGGGAAAAUUGUUGUUGCACAUCUAAAAGUACAGAUCAGAUGUCCUUGUCAUUCAGGGACGUGGCCAUAGACCUCUCCCAGGAGGAAUGGGAGUGCCUGGACGCUGUUCAGAGGGCCUUGUACAGGGAUGUGAUGUUGGAGAACUACAGCAACUUGGUCUCAUUGGGAUGUUCCUCUCCUAAGCCAGACGUGAUUACUUUGUUGGAGCAAGAGAAAGAGCCCUGGACGGUAAUGAGAGAAGGAACAAGAAGCUGGUACACAGAUUUGGAGUCUAAGUAUGUCACCAAGAAGUUAUUUCCGGAAAAGGAUAUUUGUGAAAUAUAUCUGUUUCAGUUGCAGAGAGUGGACAAAAGUAAAACUUACAUCUGUGAGGAUACCAUUUUCAGAAAUGACUUGCAGUAUAAACAUGAAUUUGAGAGACAAGAAGGACAUCAAAUGAGAUGUGGUAGUCAAGUGAUAAUCCAAAAACAUAUACCUCUUCUUCUGCAUCAGAAAAUUCAUGCUAGAGAGAAAUCAUACGAAUGUAAGGAAUGUAAGAAGGCUUUUAGACAACAGUCAUACCUUAUUCAACAUCUGAGAAUUCAUACUGGUGAGAGACCCUAUAAAUGUAAGGAAUGUGGGAAAGCCUUUUGUCGUGUAGGGGACCUUAGAGUACAUCAGACAAUUCAUGGUGGGGAGAGACCCUAUGAAUGUAACAAUUGUGGAAAGACCUUUAGGCUUCAUUAUCAUCUUACUGAACAUCAGAGAAUACAUUCUGGUGUGAAACCCUAUGAGUGUAAUGAAUGUGGGAAGGCCUUUAGUCGUGUUCGAGACCUUAGAGUACAUCAGACAAUUCAUGCUGGGGAGAGACCUUAUGAAUGUAAAGAAUGUGGGAAGGCCUUUAGACUUCACUAUCAGCUCACUGAACAUCAAAGAAUUCAUACUGGUGAGAGGCCUUAUGAAUGUAAGAUUUGUGGAAAGACCUUUAGGGUACAACGACAUAUUAGUCAACAUCAGAAAAUUCAUACUGGUGUAAAACCCUAUAAAUGUAAUGACUGUGGGAAGGCCUUCAGUCAUGGCUCAUACCUAGUUCAACAUCAGAAAAUUCACACUGGUGACAAACCCUAUGUAUGUAAAGAAUGUGGUAAGUCCUUUAGUUUUCAUGCAGAACUUACUCGACAUCAUAGAAUUCAUACUGGUGAGAAACCCUAUGAAUGUAAAGAAUGUAGAAAAGCCUUUCGUCUCCAAACAGAACUUACUAGGCAUUGUAGAAUUCAUACUGGAGAGAAACCCUAUGAAUGUAAAGAAUGUGGGAAGGCCUUUAUUUGCGGCUAUCAACUUACUUUACAUCUGAGGGUUCAUACUGGUGAGAUUCCCUAUGAAUGUAAGGAAUGUGGGAAAACCUUCAGUAGUCGCUAUCAUCUUACUCAACAUUACAGAAUUCAUACUGGUGAGAAACCCUAUGGAUGUAAAGAAUGUGGGAAGGCCUUUCGUCUUCAAGCAGAACUUACCAAACAUCACAGAAUUCAUACUUGUGAAAAGCCCUAUGAAUGUAAGGAAUGUGGGAAGGCCUUUAUUCGUAGCAAUCAACUUAUUUCACACCAGCGAAUUCACACCAAUGAGAACACCUAUGAGUGCAAGGAAUGUGGGAAGAUUUUUAGUCGUCGCUACAAUCUUACUCAACAUUAUAAAAUUCAUACUGGUGAAAAACCCUAUGUAUGUAAAGAAUGUGGAAAGGCCUUUCGCUUUCAGACAGAACUUACUCAGCAUCACAGAAUUCAUACUGGUGAAAAACCCUAUAAAUGUAAGGAAUGUGGGAAAGCCUUUAUUCGUAGCAAUCAUCUUACUCAACAUCACAGAAUUCAUACUGGUGAGAAACCCUACAAAUGUAAAGAAUGUGGAAAGACCUUUAGUCGGCACUAUCAUCUUACGCAACAUCACAGAAUCCACACUGGUGAGAAACCCUACAUAUGUAAUGAAUGUGGGGAUGCUUUUAUUUGUAGUUAUCAACUUACCUUACAUCAAAGAAUUCACACUGGUGAGAUUCCGUAUGAAUGUAAGGAAUGUGGAAAGACCUUUAGUCGCCGAUAUCAUCUUACUCAACAUUUUAGACUUCAUACAGGUGAGAAGCCUUAUGGGUGUAAAGAAUGUGGGGAUGCCUUUCGUCUUCAAGCAGAACUUACUCGACAUCACACAAUUCAUACUGGCGAGAAACCCUAUAAAUGUAAAGAAUGUGGGAAGGCCUUUAGUGUUAAGUCAGAACUUACACGACAUCACAGAAUUCAUACUGGUGAGAAACCCUAUAAAUGUAAAGAAUGUGGGAAAGCCUUUAUUCGUAGUGAUCAACUCACUUUACAUCAGAGAAAUCAUAUUAGUGAGGAACCCCCAUUCAUAAUGUAAAGAUACAGUGGCCUUUAGAAAAUGCCUUUUAUAACAACAGAAUUCAUAAUUGAUUUAAGAAAGUUUUUACUUGUUAGGGAACAUAUAGGAAUCCCUUUUGCUUCGUGCUCAAAACUUAACAGCAGUAGUUUUAUACUAUAUAUAUUGAUUUAAAGAGUUGAAAAAUUACAGCAUCACCCAGCCUUGGUUAACUUUAGAGAAUGAUACUGCUGCAGUACAUCUCAAACCAAGAUAAAGGGUACCCCUUCCCCCCUCAAAAUUGUUGUUGACCAAUACUUUUACAAGAUACAAUGAAAUUAGAUUACCAGAUACAUGAAACUGAAAGAAAAACAAACAUACAAAAUGAAAACCCCCAAUUUUUUAUUAUUGGACUUAACAGACAUAAAUUAGCUCUGUCAUUUUUCUGUAAAUGUCUCUAAAUGUUUGCUCUCGGUGUCUGUACCUUAAAUCAUUGCAGACCAGAAGCAAACAACCUGUGGACCAGCAUCAGUACAUGGACCACACUUUAUGUAGCAUUGUAACAGAAAAUAAUUCUGUUAAUGUAACAAAUGUGGGAAAAGACUUCAGCCAUAGCAAAUCUUUAGUAUAGUUCUCAUAAUUCCACCCCUGCCUGUGUGGUAUUGGCAAGACACUACUCCCCUCUGUGCUUUAUUUUAUUCUAUUUUACUUAAUUUCUUUUGUGCCUCAGUUUUAAAGUGGUGAUUAUAGUACCUACCUAAUAGUACUUUUGUAAGGAUGAAAUGUUAAUAAAAAACAAAACCUUUA